AUGGAAAUUCCACUUUGGAAGGAACUUGAUGAAUUCCUUACGGGACGUUUUCAUUCUCUAGAGACAAUAAAAGUAACUAAUCCUGUAACAAAUUCUAGCAAUCAAAAUAUGGAUGAUGUGCCGUCUACAUCACAGGGUAUCGUUAGAGUACAGAAUAAUACUGUGCAAAACUGUUUUGUAACAACAUCUAAGCAGAUUCUUUUGGCAACUGCUCUCGUUAAUAUUGUAAGUCGAGGGGAAAGUUUUACUGCAAGAGCUCUAAUUGAUCCAGCUUCUCAAUCAACAUUCAUAUGUGAGAAAUUACAACGGAAACUAGAUUUGCCGACAAAAGAAGUAGAUUCUGUCAUCUCUGCCCUUAAUUGUGUUUCUGCUGGUUCAUCACGUAGGGAAUGUAACUUUGUUUUGGGAUCUAGAAGGAAUAAAGGUUUUAGGUUAAAUAUAUCGGGUUUGGUACUUCCACGAUUGACUGGGAACUUACCAAAUUCGUCAGUGGAUACAACUCUUUUCUCGGAAUCGUAUAAUAAUAUUGAAUUGGCUGAUCCCAAUUUUGAUAAAAGUGGACCUAUUGAUAUUCUAAUAGGCGGUGAUUACUAUCCAAAUAUUAUGUUAGGUGGUUCAAAACAUAAUGUUUUUGGAAAAUUGAUGGCUCAGGAAAGUGUUUUUGGUUGGUUUCGUUAUGCUGAAGUGGGCUUGGACAGGCAAUUGGAAAAUUUCUGGAAGUUAGAGGAACCUCCACAGGCUUCGAAGACGACACCAGAGGAUGAUUACUGUGAGGACAUUUUUAAGAAAACUACGAAAAGAAAUAGUGAAGGGCGUUUUGUAGUCUCGCUGCCCUUCAAACCACAAUAUAUAACAGAAACUCAUUUGGGAUCAUCACGUGAAAAGGCAAGUAGACAAUUUUUAAGAAAUGAGAUAUCUUUACAGAAGAAUCCAAAGCUAAAGACUAUUUAUGAUGACAUUUUGUCAGAAUAUAUAGAAAUGGGCCAUAUGAGUCAAAUUGAUGAAACUAGUUUAGAUAGGACGAAAGUCUAUUAUUUACCUCAUCACGGGGUUUUUAAACCUGAAAGUACCUCUACUAAAGUCAGGGUGGUUUUUAAUGAUUCGAGCAAAACGUCCACAGGGUUAAGUUUGAAUGACAUAUUAUAUACAGGUCCAGUUUUGCAAAAUGACCUGACGAUUUUAAUAAUAAGGUGGAGAUUUUAUCAUUAUGUCUUUAAUGGGGAUAUAGAAAAGAUGUACGGACAGAUUCUACUAGACCCUGAACAUUCUAGUUUUCAAAGGAUUGUAUUUCGCAAAAAUCCUGGUGAUGAUCUGAAAGAUUAUGAAUUAAAGACGGUUACUUUUGGGGUCAAUUGUGCACCAUUUUUGGCAAUAAGAACUUUGCAUCAACUUGCGAGAGAUAUUGAGGAAAAAUGGCCUUUAGCUUCUAAAAUAUUACACGACAUGAUGUACGUCGAUGAUGCACUAGCUGGAGCCCAUGAUAUGAAAUUGGCAAUAAAGGCUCGAGAUCAACUGAUUGCUGCGUUAUCAUCUGCCGGUUUUACAAUGAGAAAAUGGACUUCCAAUAAUGAAAAUAUUCUACAAGGGUUACCAUCAGAUCAUCUAUUGCGCGAAAAUUUUCUGGAAAUCGACGAUGUUAGUACCACAAAGACAUUGGGCGUUAGAUGGAAUGCAAAGUCUGAUGAAUUUUACUUCUCUACGGUAUCUAUUCCAUUGAAGGAACAUUUUACGAAAAGGGAAGUUCUUUCUAUUAUUGCUAGACUUUUUGAUCCUGCAGGUUGGUUAGGUCCAAUAGUUAUUAUUGCAAAAAUGUUGAUGCAACAAAUCUGGAGUGAUACUGAGUGGGAUGGAAUUUUAUCCGAUUCUAGUAGUUUGAAAUGGCGGCAAUUUCUCCAGGAUUAUGUUUUUAUCAAUAACAUAAUGAUUUCCCGGUGGGUUGGAUUCAAACCAACAGUAAAUUUGGAAUUUCACGGUUUUUCCGACGCUUCAGAGAAAGCAUAUGGUGCCUGUGUCUACGUUCGUAUUCAAGAUGAAAAUAGUUUGAUACAAACACAUUUGUUGUUGGCAAAAUCAAAGGUAGCUCCGCUUAAAACUAUAUCUUUACCUAGGCUAGAACUUUGUGGAGCCUUGUUAUUAUCUGAUUUGUUGGACACUAUUAAGAAGAAUUUGAAAUUUGAUGGAACUAAUACUAAAUUUUACAUGUGGACUGACUCCAAGAUUGUUUUAGCAUGGCUGCAGAAGCCACCGAAUUCAUGGACAACUUUUGUAGCAAAUCGUGUGUCUAAAAUUGUGGAGAAAACCAGUAAGGAUUGUUGGAGGCAUGUGGCUUCUAGUUAUAAUCCAGCAGAUUUGUUAAGUAGAGGAGUUCGUCCACAAGAGUUAGUAGAUAAUCGUCUUUGGUGGUUUGGUCCUAAGUUUCUAUAUUUUAAUUCUUCCUCUUGGGAGACUUCAACAGAUAUGAAUUUUGACACAGGAGAAGAUCAAAGGGUUCACAAAGUGUUCUUUUCAUACUUUAAAUCUUAUUGUGAUUUGUUAGAGAAGUUUUCCUCGUAUACAAGAGCCUUACGUGUUAUGGCAUUAGUAAUGAGAGUAAUAAGGCGUAUGCGUAAUAUUGAUAUAGAUAGCUACGUCGGUAAGGAAGUUUCAUCGAAGGAAUUGAACACAGUUAAGGAGACAUUGAUUAUUAUGGCACAAAAGGUAGCGUAUGGUGAUGAGUAUUAUAAGAUAACGAACAAGAAAUCUAUUCAAGGCAGUAACUUAUCAAAUUUAAACCCUUUUUUAGACGAGAAAGGCAUUCUACGUGUAGGUGGACGCCUAGCAAAUGCUCUAAAUUUGACAUAUAAUGAAAAAUUUCCAAUUUUACUACCUUAUAACUGUCGUUUUUCGAUAUUACUUGUUGAAUUUAUCCACAAGGUCACUUUACAUGGAGGAAAUCAGCUAAUGAUGAGAGUGUUGCGUACUGAAUUCUAUAUCAUACGUGCUAGAAAUUUGAUCAAAUCUGUUAUAGGCAAAUGUAGGGUAUGUACUGUUCAAAAAAAAUCAGUUCAGAACCAGAUCAUGGCAGCCCUUCCUACUAAUCACACUAUAAUUUCACGUCCAUUUACGACAACAGGAGUAGAUUUCGCGGGUCCGUUUGAUAUACGAAACUUUACUGGUCGAGCUUGCCUCAUAACAAAAGGUUAUGUUUGCUUAUUUGUAUGUUUCGCUACAAAGGCUAUUCACCUAGAAGCGGUUAGCAGUUUGUCUACCCCAGCGUUUCUAGCUGCUUUUUCAAGAUUUGUUGCUCGUCGUGGUUGUCCAAAGGAGAUGUUUUCUGAUAAUGGUACCAAUUUUGUUGGCGCUUCCAAGGUUCUGAGAUUGGAAUUUCGAGAGUUUUUACGAAAUGUAGGCUCUGAAUUGAAUACGAAUUAUGGACCACAAGGAGUGAAUUGGAAUUUUAAUCCUGCUGGUGGUCCUCAUAUGGUGGGGCUUUGGGAGGCAGGGGUAAAGAGCUUUAAGCAUCACUUUCGACGAAUAGCAGGCAACUUAAAAUAUACCUUCGAGGAAUUUUCCACCCUACUAGCUCGCAUUGAAUCGUGUUUGAAUUCAAGACCUUUGUGUCCUCAAACGGAUGAUAUGGAGUGCCUGGAUAUUUUGACUCCAGGCCAUUUUUUGAUAGGAGCACCCCUUUUGGCUCCACCUGAACAUGAGAUUACCGAAUCUCCAAUGAAAAUAAAUAAUUGUUGGGAAAAAGUCAAGGCAUUAAAUCAACGUUUAUGUAACAGAUGGAAGGAUGAAUAUCUGAAUAAUCUUCAAAAGCGAAACAAAUGGAAAUUCAUGCAAAGGGACAUGAAAGUUGGUGACAUGGUUGUAAUACGAGAAGAUAAUUUACCGACAAAUGAAUGGCGUUUAGGUCGCGUACAUAAGGUACAUAUGGGUAAAGAUGGUCAUACUAGAGUUGUUGAAUUAAAAAUAGGACGUGAUUACAGAGAUGAUUAUACUAAAGCCAACUGCACUUAUCAAAAUAGUUGCCAACGAACGGUAUAUUUUGGAACGAGCUCUGUUUCUAUACCGCUAUAUCAGAUUACAGAGAUGAUUAUACUAAAGCCAACUGCACUUAUCAAAAUAGUUGCCAACGAACGGUAUAUUUUGGAACGAGCUGUUAUUGAUCCUAGUGCAGAGUUUUCUAUUACAUCGGAUGAAGUUGUGAAGCGCUUAAAUGUCAGAACCGUUAAGGUUGGGAAAACGGAGAGAUGUUUGAUUACAAUUCGUGGCAAUUUUGGAAUGAGCACAACAGUAGAAACCUACGCUCAAGUUCGACGUGAUUAUUGUGUAAUUACACCGACCAAAUCUCUAGAUGACAGUAUUGUGGAUGAAUUUCUGGGUUUACAACUAGCAGAUCCUCAGUUUAAUGUUUCAUCUAAGGCUCAUCUUAUAUUGGGAAGUGAUGUGUACCCAAGAAUAAUAAAAAACGGUAUCGCAGGCGGAACUUUUGGCAAACCAUUUGCACAAUUUUCGAUAUUCGGAUACAUUAUAUCUGGAUCAUGUGCGAAAUAG